GUCGCGCUACCCCGCUCAACAUGUACUGUUGCUAAACACCAGCACAAUGGCAAAGGAACCACAGUCGAGAGAUCUUCGGGAAUGCAUAAAACUCAUCAAGGAGAUGACUACUAUCAUCGACCCUGCUGAUGAUUACCUGACCAUAACUGCAGCUGAAGAGCAGAUGAAAAUCAAUUACGCGAAAGCCAAGCGAGAAAAUGAUGAGGCGUAUUCCAAUCUUAAAGCGUUGAGCCGCGUGCUCGAGGCAGCGCGUAAAUCAUCGGCGCGCCCACCCAACGUUCCUGCUCCAGAGCAGCAUGCUGCCCGACUUAACGAGCUCGACAGCACUCGAAUAUCUCUUGCAAAAGCUUUGCGCGACGCCGAGAAUUCGUUAGCAAGUAAGGAAGCAGAAUUGGCGGCUUUGAAGGAGGGAGCGCGUGCAUUGGAAGAGUCGGAUCCGGCACAAAGCCAUCAAGGUGAAAUAGAUGGCACAACGCUCCGUUUACAAAUUUUCAGGGGGAUGGGCUUCGAUAUAGUCUUGGACAGCGACGGCAAGGCGUCGACGAUGUUCAUCCGUGCAGAAUCUGGUGACGUUCACACUCUCGCUCCGCGUGGCAGCGAUUACCACAGUGUGGAACAAGCAUGGAAACUUGCCACCUCGUGACGUCAGGAGGAUACGGUUUCUCAGGUAUUUAGUCGUCAAGGCUGCCAGCUUUUCCCCCUUCGUAGAGAUCUAGUUUGGCGGACUGUGAUAGGAGUUGUUCACGAUGCAUGUUGUAUUCUGCAGUGGGUUCAAUGUAUGUUAUAAUAACUAUAUGGUAUGCUAUAAAACCAAUAUUUAUAUCAGGG